ACUGUCUCUCCGCUUUUGCAGCCUCUCUCACCCUGGGCUCUUAAAAUACGACUUUGUGAGGCUCGGGGCCCAGGUCUAAUUCCAUCAGGCUGCCUCUCCACAGCACGCUGGUGUCUGCCACUAGCUUCUGUUCCUGCCUUGGUCUCCCCCAGCUUAGCCCCCACCCGCAGCCCCCGGCCUCUCCGACCAGCCCCGCUUUGUUUCCUGUGUCUCGGCGCCCCGCCCCUGCCCCGUCUGGGGUCUCCGCCGCCCUCUGCCGCCCUUUGUCUGCCUUGGUCUUUCCCCCACCCCUUUCUCUGGGUCCGUCUUUGGAUCUCUUUGUCUCUCCGGGCUGGGGUGGUUGGCGCUGUCGGCCAGCUCCGGGGGUCGGCGCGGGUGGCCCGACACAGCGACAAUUAGGAAGCUCUUCGGCCCUCCUCGCUCAGCUCCAACCCAGGAGGCACACGGUUAAAACCACCGAGUUCGGGCAUCUGUCCUCGGCUCAGAGUAACCCUCUCCACGGCACGCGGCGCCCGCCGGACACCGAGCUCCGGAGGACGCAGGCGGCCGCCACAGGCGUGCAGCUCCUCCAAGGUCCUAGAGCGGCUCGGUGCCGCCCGGCGCUUCCGCUUCCCGUCCCCGCCCCCGGCGGCAGCCCCCGGGACGCCUGGGUCCGAGCCCCCUCCCCGUUUGGCGCCGAUCCCGCAUACUCGAGCCGCCGGCGGCUCGGACACCGGGGCCCCGCCGAGGAGCUCCGGAGGGCGCCAGGGUGGCGGCGGCGGCGGCGGUUGGAGGGGAAGGAGGCGGCUGAGUGCCGGAAGGAGCAGCAGAGCGGCGUACCGGCGAUGCAGCGCGCGGUGGGGUCCUGGGGCCCGGAUCUCCGUGGCCCAGAGGACAGGGAGCAGCUGAGAGGCGCCCGCACAGGUCUAGGGAGUGAGAAUGCAGAAAUUUCUCAGCCGGAUGAGUAUGAUCAUGCCCCACAGGAGGAUGACCUGGGGUUCAAGGAAGAGGAAGAUUUGGCCCCAGGUCAUGAAGUAGGAAAUGCCUCUCUCAAACCCGAAGGCAUCCAGACCUGGGAUGACUUGUGGGUCCAGAGAGAGGGACCUGGAAAACCUCAGGCUCGGGACAGAGGCCCCCGGCUCCUCGGAGAACCACGCUGGGGCCAGGUUAGUGAUCGGGCUGCUGUGUGUGGUGAGUGUGGCAAGAGUUUUCGGCAGAUGUCAGAUCUGGUGAAACACCAGCGGACCCACACAGGGGAGAAGCCCUACAAGUGCGGGGUCUGUGGCAAGGGCUUUGGGGAUAGCUCUGCCCGGAUCAAACACCAGCGAACUCAUAGCGGUGAAAAGCCCUACAGAGCCCGACCACCAGCCCAGGGUCCCCCAAAGAUUCCUCGGUCCAGGAUCCCUGCUGGUGAGCGCCCCACUAUCUGCGGGGAAUGUGGCAAGAGCUUCCGGCAGAGUUCUGACCUGGUGAAACACCAGCGGACACACACGGGUGAGAAGCCAUACAAGUGUGGCAUCUGUGGCAAGGGCUUUGGCGACAGUUCUGCCCGCAUAAAGCAUCAGCGGACACACCGGGGGGAGCAGCCCCCUCGGCCUGUGGUGUCCCGACGGCAGCCAUCCCGAGCGGCCAUGGCAGCUGCACAGGGACCUAAGGCCCAGGACAAGCCAUAUAUCUGCACUGAUUGUGGAAAAAGAUUUGUGCUCAGUUGCAGCCUCCUGAGCCACCAGCGCAGUCACCUAGGGCCCAAACCUUUUGGCUGCGACGUGUGUGGAAAGGAAUUUGCCCGGGGCUCAGAUCUGGUGAAGCACCUGCGAGUGCACACAGGAGAGAAGCCCUACCUCUGCCCUGAGUGUGGCAAGGGCUUUGCUGACAGCUCUGCCCGGGUCAAGCACCUCCGUACCCACAGUGGUGAGAGGCCUCACGCCUGUCCGGAAUGUGACCGCACCUUCAGCCUCAGCUCCACCCUUCUCCGCCACCGCCUCACUCACAUGGAGCCCCAGGACUUCAGCUUCCCGGGCUACCCUCUGGCCCCCCUGAUCCCCAGCCCACCCCCCAGCUCAAGCCCACCUCCCCUCGGCACCAGCCCCCCGCUGACGCCUCGAAGUCCUUCACACUCAGGUGAUGGCCCUUUUGGCCUGCCUGGCUUGGAGCCAGAGCCUGGGGGCCCACAGGCUGGGGAGCCACCCCCACCACUGGCGGGUGACAAGCCCCACAAGUGCCCUGAGUGUGGCAAGGGCUUCCGCCGAAGCUCGGACCUGGUGAAACACCAUCGCGUACAUACAGGGGAAAAACCCUACCUCUGCCCUGAAUGCGGCAAGGGUUUUGCCGACAGCUCGGCCCGAGUCAAGCACCUCCGCACCCACCGUGGUGAACGGGCUCGGCCACCACCAUCAUCCACUCUCCUGAGGCCACAUAACCCCCCUGGCCCAGCACCCACAACCCCUCGAUCCCGAGUCCGGGCCCAGCCCUCCGGACCCAGCCAGCCCCAUGUAUGUGGCUUCUGUGGGAAGGAGUUUCCCCGGAGCUCAGAUCUGGUCAAACAUAGGCGAACACACACUGGGGAGAAGCCAUACAAGUGUGCAGAAUGUGGCAAGGGUUUUGGUGACAGUUCUGCCCGUAUCAAGCACCAGCGUGGGCACCUGGUCCUGAGGCCCUUUGGGACAGGGGAUGGUCGGGCAAGGCCCCUGAAAGAGGAGCCACCAACGGGACUAGAAUGAUGGGGUCUAGGGAGGGUGGAGGCCCAGGAGACCAAAAGGAGGGUAUCUGCUGCUUAAGCAGAGAAGAAAGGGCCUGGGAGGUGGUGGGAGGGAGAAGGAGGGGAAGAAACGGGAGAAAGGAGUGAAUAGAUAGAGACAGAGAUUGGAGACAAUGACCUUGAAGCUCAGGAAAUUGUCCUGGCUGGGCUCAGUCAGGACCUUGCCAGUGUGGUCUAUGCCCCCAGAUUUAGAACACUGCCUACUAUACAGAAGACACUCAAUAAGUAUUUGUUGAAUGAAUAAACUGGCCUUAGCCUGAGGGCCAUUAACUCCUUAAAGAAUUCCUGCUGCCUCUUAACCUAUUAAUUGAUUCCUCCCAACCUUGCCCCUGGAAGACCAGCACCCUGAACCAGGAUUUGUUAGACCUGUUGAGCUGCAACAAUGAGAGUUACGAGGUUUGUGGUGACAGAGCGAGGCAGGGCCAUCUUGAGCUCUGAAGCAGGCAGUACCCAGCCUCAGGCCACUAGACACAGUCUUAGGCAGGAAGGGCCACUUGGACAGACACCAGACCUAUCUGCGCUGGAGAAGCCCAACCCAUCCUGACAUCUGGACACUGGCAGAAUAGAGCAGAGACAGCAGAAGGACAUCCACUCUGGAUGCUAAGCCCAGGUCCUCCUGGCAGGCAUCAGUAGAGACACACUGGCUUGGAGGGCAGUACUUGAGUGAGGAGAGGCCAGGGAAGCACCAAGACCCUACAGUCACAUCUCUGUGUCUCCUUGCCAAUAAACUGCUUUUUGUCUGA